UUAAUCUAUAACCUAACCUUCGCUCACUAUACACGCGCGUACAUACCUCUCAUUCAGCCGAUAACCGAUAUACGUCCGUAUUCUCUGGUACGGGACGAGAUACGAGACUCGUCGCAACGCCAACGACCGUCAACCGGGUCGGAAACCGGUGUCGGAUCAAAAUCGAAUCAGAAUCGAAGAUACGAUUAAACUUAUGUAUUAUAAAACGUUUAUUCGUUCUCUCGCUCUAGCUGCGAAAUUCGGACUAAUAUCGAUCGAGUGACGUACGCUGCUCGCACGAAAACGAAAGGCACUUUUGUUUUUGGCAAAAUGCGAUGGCCCUCGCUCAACGUUAUCCUUCUUCAGAUAUCUUUGGUAUACAUCGUGUAUUCGAUAUAUACCCUGUUAUCGUUAUUCGUGCCACCGGACUGCGAGGAUGACAAGUCGUGUCUUAGAUCGUACCUUAGCGAACGACCGCAAUUGAAUCUGUAUAUUUACAGCUCCAUCAAGAGAAAUCCCACCGGUAGAAAUGCCAAUCUCGCGUACUUGGCGCAAAAUUUCAAUUAUACUCAACCACAAACCAUUCCAACAAUAUUGAACAUUCCACGCGAAACACGACGAAAUGGAACAUUGUUUUUGCAUAUACUGUUAGUUCCUACUUCUGUAAAACAGCACAGGUCGUUCAGCGAUUUACAGAAAGAUAUAUUUACUUCGUAUACUACAAUUAAAAUGACACGAUACAGGGUGCCUGAAGCAGACGCGUUUAAACUGUUGGGCAAGAAAGAUUUUAAUGUCCGGAAGACCAAUGAGAUUGCUGUACGUCUAGUCUCGCAUAUCAAAAGUCGUGUGACUUUUACAAUAAUGACGGACAAUAUUAUGCUCCCUGUAUAUGAUAUACCUAUCGAACUCAUGAAUCAUAUUAAAAUAAUUGGCAAACAGACAUUCUUGCCCAUCGUCAACUAUGAUUCCUUACAAAUGCGACAUCGAAAUCUUCAACAAAUCACUUUGCACAAUGACACAAUGAACAUUACGAUAGAAUAUUCGCCUGUAUCUUUAGGAAAAUUACGAUUGAUGCUGCAGGUGCAAGAGUCUAUCGAUAGCCUACAGAGUCUCGGCUUGUCCGACAGGGAUAUCGAUGAAAUGAAGAGCAUCUUGACAGAUACCAACAUUUAUUUACUAGCUGGUACAGUCUUCACCGCGACUGUACACUUGCUGCUUGAAUUUCUUGCUAUUAAAAACGAUGUCAGUUUUUGGCGCAAGAAUAAGAAGCUUGUAGGCCUGAGCACGUGGCCUGUAAUGUGGCGUGCAUUCAGCCAGACUGUGAUUUUCCUUUACCUUUGCGAUGAGGGUUCUACCUCACUCGUUCUUGUUCCUAGUGGUAUCAACACUAUUAUCGCGCUGUGGAAAUUGACAAAGAUAUGCCAAGUGCAGCUAAUUAUCAACAAUAACAUUUUACCAAGAAUACGGUUUAAAACUGAUGACGUUGAUGCAGCAGACAGAAAAACUAGAGAACUUGAUGCUGAAAGUACGCGUUAUUUACGUUAUCUGUUAUAUCCGCUCAUCAUUGGGGGUGCUACCUAUUCACUUUUUUAUCAAUCGCAUAAAAGUUGGUAUUCUUGGAUCAUCAAUUCGAUGGUAAAUGGUAUUUAUGCAGUCGGAUUCCUCUUUAUGCUGCCACAACUGUUUAUUAAUUAUAAAUUGAAAUCCGUGGCGUUCAUGCCGCGAAAAGCAUUCUUGUACAAAGCAUUUAACACGUUUAUCGAUGAUGUCCUUGCUUUUAUGGUAACGAUGCCGACAGCUCACAGAAUAGCAGUUUUCAGAGACGACACUGUCUUUCUGAUAUAUAUAUAUCAAACAUGGAUAUAUCCAGUGGAUAAAUCGCGUAGGGAUACUGAUACGAUUACGGAAGAAACUAUUGAUCUCGUUAACAAGACAGACAAGAAAAUGAAUUGAUUCCAGUUAUUUAUCGUUAUCAUUUUUCUUCUGGACCUGAUAAAUUAUUACAUGCAUUGUCAUGUUACUACACAAACAGUGUUUAUAUCGCUAAUGUGUGGAAAUUUCAUUUAUUAUACACGGUUUUUGUUAUAAAAAGAGAAAAAUAUAUAUUUUUUUAUAAAUUUCUUUAUAAAAAGUAUAUAUUCAUCACCUGUUAACUUUUCAGUUUUUCUUACAAUCGAACAUAUAGAUCAAAUCUUAUAAUCGAAUAAAUCACAAUCUAUGCGUCAGCAUUUUAUCCUUGACGUAAUACGUUUAAUAAUGGAAGAUGAGAUUAGAAGGAGAUUAUAUAACAGCACAUCUCGAAGAGAUAACGACAGGAAAAGUCAAUUUGGUCUCGUAAAACGAAGCAGUCACCGUUCUAGCGUUUAUUUAACAGGAUUGCAUGGUAUCAGGUUACUUCUAAGUACGUGAGAUUAUAUUUUACAUUUGCGAAAAAGGUAUGCUAUGAGAAUAAUGCUGUAUAUCUUUCGUGAAUCAGUUAUAACAUCAGUCAUAACAACACACAAAUUGUUUAAUUAUGUCAUACAAUUUAUUCAAUGUUUGAUUAAAACGGAAAUUUUGGAUCUCUUC